AUGCCGCCCUUCAUCAACAACCCGCUGCCCUCGAGCAUGCGAAGUGAGUAUGCCCCACCACAUUGACCUGAAUCGCUCACUGUCGCUCCGUUUCGCUAACACCACCCGUCUGUUUCCAGGCGAAUGCAAGAAAUGCGGUCGUAUCCUCGCCUCCUUCAUCGAUCCACGACAAGCCUUCGGUCCCGAUCGAAUCAUUCCGCCGCAGAUCCUCUCCAACGCCAAGGGCCUCGCCAUCCUGACCGUCUUCAAGGCCGGCUUCCUCGGCUCUGGACGCUUCGGCAGCGGUGUUGUCGUCGCUCGCCUCGCCGAUGGCUCCUGGUCAGCGCCGUCCGCCAUCGGAACCGUAGGAGGAGGAUUCGGAGGGCAGAUUGGCUUCGAGCUGACGGAUUUCGUCUUCAUUCUGAACGAUGCCAGCGCCGUCAAGACGUUUGCGCAGGUGGGGAGUUUGACCUUGGGAGGCAAUGUCUCGAUAGCGGCGGGUCCGGUGGGAAGGAACGCUGAGGCUGCGGGUGCCGCGAGCUUGAAGAGCGUCAGUGGGAUCUUUGCCUACAGCAAGACCAAGGGUCUCUUUGCUGGUGUGAGUCUGGAAGGUUCGGUGCUCAUUGAGCGAAGGGAUGCGAACGAGAAACUCUACAACCGGAAACUUACGGCGCGGGAAUUGCUGGGUGGAAAUGUCCCCGUGCCGCCACAAGCCGACCCACUCAUGAGGGUAUUGAACUCGAGAGUCUUCGCGGGAGUGGACAGAUCUUUCCAGGGCGACGCGGCCAUGUAUAACGACGUACCGGUAUACGACGACUCCCACGAUGAUGUUGUGUGGCAAGGAAGGCAAGGAAGCGCAUACGGAGAAGGCAUGCGAUCGAAUCGCACGGGAAGCAUGAACGACAAUUUCAACGGUCCCAGCAGAGCAUCCACAUGGCAGAACGACACAUACGGUGGCGGAGAGGGUACUUUUGGUCGCGCGAACCCCAACGAGACCUUCGAUACGAUGCAAGGCCGCAGCCGCUCUUCAACACUAGGAGACCAAUCCGAAUACGUCUACAGCGACCGCAAAGGCCCUGCGCCGGGAAGGCCGACAGCGCCGAAGCCCGCAUUUGGAAAUAGAGGAUCCGCUGGGCCCGGCCAAGCAAUAGCCAAGUUCACCUUCGAGGCUGACCAGCCUGGAGAUUUGGGCUUUAAGAAGGGAGACGUCAUCACCAUCGUCAAGCGUACCGAGAGCGAGGCAGAUUGGUGGACGGGCAGGAUAGGCAAUCGAGAAGGUAUCUUCCCCAGCAAUUACGUCGAGGUGGUAUAG